AUGCAUCUCUACAUCGUCGGAGGAAGCGGCCGCACCGGCCAGAUGGUCAUCGACAACGCCCUGCAACGAGGCCACACCGUCACCGCGCUAGUCCGAAACCCCGACGCGCUCCCCGCCCGCGACGGCCUCACCCUCGCCAAAGGAACACCCCUCUCCCCCGCCGACAUCGCCACCUCGAUCCUGCACCCCACCCUCCCCUCCGCCAUCAUCGUCACCCUCAACGCGCCCCGCGCCAGCGACAGCCCCUUCGCCGCGCCCGCCGCCCCGCCCCGCAUGAUGGCCGACGCGCACGCCAACCUCGCCUUCGCCAUGCGGCAACACUCGAUCAGCAAAAUCGUCACCAUGUCCGCGUUCGGCGUCGCGGACUCGGGGCCGCAGCUGCUGUGCGCGCUGCGCGCGGUGCUGCGCGGGACGAACAUGCGGUUCCAGUUUGCGGAUCACGACUUGGUGGAUGCGGAGAUGAAGGCCCGAGAGGGGUUGAAGUACGUGCUGGUGAGGCCGGCGAUGCUGGUGGAGGGGGCGGAGGCGCCGGUGCGGGUGUUUGGGGAUGAGGGGGUGGGGGCGCCGUGGGUGGGGAGGGUGACGAGGGCGAGUGUGGCGGCGUUUUUGGUGGAUGCGUGUGAGGGGGCGGAGUGGGAUGGGAGGACACCGGUUAUUGCGAAUUGA